AUGUUUGUUUAUUCCAGUUCAUGAAUUCGUUCAGUGAUGUGUUCAAGAUAGAAGACUAGAAAAGUCUUGAUUUUAUAAUAUUUUUGUUGUCAUUGUACAAAAAAAUCUAUGUACAAUGUUGUUUUUACUCAAAAAUGAUAAUACUGGUGCUGUAUUUUACCUGAUAAACCAAACAGAAUUCAUUGUUGGGCGAAGGGACUGUAAUAUUCUGAUUGAGAAUGAUCAAUCUAUCAGUAGAAAACAUGCCAAGUUACUUAUCAAAAAUGAUCAUGUUACCCUGGAAGAUUUAGGAUCCAAGUACAAGACAACUCAUAGAGGUAAAGAAUUGCCACCUAAUACUGAAAUUCAAUUGAAAAACAAUGACAAAAUUCACUUUGGUGUUAUGGAAAGUCAUUUCACAUUCCAGCAACUCAAACUUGUUACCACUGGAACUCGUUUAAAUAGCACUCAGAAAGCUAAACUGAAGCAAGAUCUUGCAGUACUUGGUGCCAGAUUCAUAGACCAAUGGACAGCUGACUGCACCCAUCUUACUGUUGAAGAAAUAACAUUAACAGUCAAGGUUUUGCAAGCUCUCAUUUAUAAAAAACCCAUAGUUCUUCCUAGCUAUUGGACAAAGUUUGCAGAAUGUGUCUCAAGGAAUUCACCUCCUCCUGAUAUUGAAAAUUACAAUAAUCCACCCAUGGCAGAGGCUUUAUUAAAUAAAGUUGAAAUCAAGGCUAACUUACAAAGAAAUGGGUUGUUUGAAGGAAAAAUGUUUAUAUUUUCCAAAGAAAUAACCAAAAAACAAAUGGAGGAUGUCAUAAAAAAAUUAGGUGGUAAUGCAAUAUCAUGGGAGAAAGAUCCAUUUCCUAUAGAAGAUAUUGCCAAGUCUCCAAAAGAAUUUCUGGUUAUACAAACCCCAGAAAAAUCUGAGGCUGAGGAUUCUUCCAUGAAUGAAAUCAUCAAACUCCUUUCCAAACAGGGCAAGAGAACUAUACCACUUCAAGAAAUAGCAAUGGCAAUAGUUCAUGCUUCUUGUGAAAAAGAUUGCAACCCAAAAUUCAAUAGAGCAGUGGAAGUAUUUCAAACCACCAGACCUAGAGAGCCAACACAAAAUAAUGCUCUAGUGCCAAAUACAGAGUCUGAACAGUUUGAUUUAGAUAUUUGUAAAAGAGCUGUUGAUGUAAAAGGUGUUAUUCCUGAUACAUUUGAGGGCAACUGGGAUGUGCCACCAAUAAAAAUUGAGAGAAAAAAAAAUGUUGAAGUAGUGAAGGAAAAAACUAUUGAAAAAGAAAAUAUAAGUGACUCUUCAAAGAGAACUAGUAAUGAACAAACUAAUGAAAAUCCUUUCAAGAAGAUGAAAAUGGAAAAAGAAAAAACAGUUGUGUUGGGAAGUGGUAAGGAGACUCAUAGCAAGAAGCAAAAUAAGACAUUCAUGGCCAAGCCUUCUGUAUCUGAAAAGAGAAAAGCAGAAGAGGACUUGAAUACAACAGCAAAGAAAGAGGGUAAUAUAAAUCCUUUUGCCAAGAUUAUUAAAAAAUCCAGAAGAGACCCUGAGCCUGGACCAGAAGUAACCACCAAAAAUAUAAAUCCAUUUAGUUUGUUGAAAAAAUCAAAUGAAAAUGUUACCCAAGUAUCAGAUAAUAAUCCAUUCAAGGUACCUAGUAGAAAAAUGGAUAAUGGGAGUAUAAACCAAGAUACAUCAAUAUUCACUAGUACAAGAAUUGAAGAUAGAUCACCAGAAAAAAAAAUGUGUUACUCAAAAAUAUCCAAAAGUAAUAGUUGGGACCUAAAUUCUACAUGGUUGUCAAAGAAAUCAUCAUUUGAAAUAAAAAAGGAACAGGAGGAUUAUUAUGAUACAGAAAUGCAGAGUUUCAUAGAUUCUUUCAAGAAUAAAGUUGUUGUAGAAGUUAUGGCUUCAAUUUCCAUAAGGCCUAGAAUCACAAGAGGUGCUAUGGAAAAUGUUGUAUCCAGUGGUGUGAGAAAUUUCAAGAGAUUCAAAAAGAUUUUGCCAUUAAAUCCACAACAUAGAAUCAUAGGAAAAGAGAACUUUGUGGCUGUGACACCAGGAGACACUACUGGUAUCAAUGAUACAAGGAGGAAUUUCCAACAUGAUUCAGAUGAUGAAUCAGUAACCAAAGUGAGCAAAAAGAGACCUCCAAAAAAAUUUUUUAUCUAGAUUUACUUACAUGUUAUGUGUUUUACCUAUUUUGUCCCUACUGAAGUUUGAAAUAUUAUAUAUUUAUGUUCA